UACACCUCAGCUCAGUAUUUCAACGCGAGUAGUGCCUGCCGGGCGGUUUCGAUUAGUGACCAAUCAUGGGAUUCAGGACUGGAGCAGGUCCUUUAGCGUCAAUAGGGUUAUGUGUACUGUUGGCAUGUAGUUUAGGGCAUGCUAAUGUGUACGAUGGCUCACAACAAGAAGUAGACGUCAAGAGCUUCCUGUCGGAAAUUUGUGAUACCAGUUCGCCGCUAUUGACCUCCACAGUUAAGUCAUUCGAUGUAGAUCACAUCGAUCGUAACUUGGAGCAUGUUUGCAAGGAAGGCGCUCAUGGUCUCUUACUGUGGAUUAAGUCGACGAAAAUCGGAGAUAUACCGGAAGUAGACAGUAAUUUGAAGUAUAUUGGUAGAGCCUCUUCUGAAGAUGGAACUAAAAUAUAUUGUACAUAUGACGCAUCAACACAAGUUUGCUCAAAUGACGAAGAAACGUACGAAUCUGCGAUGGUUCUAGGCGAAAAGUACCCCGAGAGGUAUGAACUGAAGGACAUAAUCUAUAAGAAAUGGACAAAUACAACUCGCCUGGGAUCGCCCGUACUGUCGUAUGUUACGUUGCGAAACCGAGACGCGGCAAAUAAGUACAUCGAUGAAGAUAUCUCAUACGUAUCGGACACGCGACUGGAUCUAAUCCUGCCAACGACGGUCAUAUCUGGCCUUCCCCUGUCCGUAUACCGAGGCAAAGUGGAAACGUAUAAAACUAUUUCUGGUGAGACAUACUAUGGCAGAACAUUCAAGACAAUCAACGCCGUCCGCUACAUGGGCCCUGCAACGACCAUCAACGUGACCAUUGUCGGAACUGAGGAACGAGCCUACAGAGAAUUUCGGGCAAAAUUAGUCAGCGUCUACACCGACGAGGAAGGAUUCGGAUGGGCUCGUUCGCUAUUAACAAUCGAUGGGGCGUCGAUCGAAACAUCUCUAACGGAAACGCACGUUGAGUAUGGUGCUGUGGCCAGCCUACACGAAGAAUCUCAACUGCAGUCCGGAGCACCGACUCUGCCGCCGAGCAUUCCCCACACGGACCACAAAUACCCGGGCGAGUCGCUUCUUUCCAAGGCCGAAUCCGGUAUCCACAUCCACAUCCGGGAAACUGAACUGCAUCCGGUUUAUCCGGGCUUCAAGUCCUAUGCCAUCGGUGCUGGUAUCCUGUUUUUCUCCGUCGUGGGUGUGGCCUUGCUCGAUAUCCUUCGCCGCGUUAUCAGCGAGCGACGAGCCAAGCGAUUGCGCAUCGGAAAGUACAGCAAUUACAGUGGAAAGUGAGAACAACCGUUGUGGGAUUUCUUUCCGUUCUACCCGAAUAGACGUCACGUACUCCGUUUUGAUUGUUGUUUAAAUUAUUUAGUUUAAUUUCACACGUACAACUAAAAUAUAUUAUUGCCAUUCUUGUUCAUCGUAUUUUCAUUAUAAAUUAAUAAAUAACUCUCCAAAAAUGA